AACUCCACAGCUGCAGCGCUGCAAUUUCCACCGGCGAGAGGCAGGUUGCAGCAGCGCAUCAACACCCAGAUGAGGGUGCCGACACUGAGCGCGUACAACGACGACGACGGCAUAGCACGACCGCAACAAAUUUAGCCGGCCGGCCGGCGACCCGGCAUGGGAGAAACCAAAGCCGAGCUGCUAGCGACGGCCGUGUACAAGGUGCACGUCCACUGCAGGCAAUGCGCGCGCGCCAUCGUGACGCAGUUCACGGAGUUCCCAGGGGUCAGGGAGGUGAAAUUGGACGGAGGAAAGGUGACCGUCAAGGGCAUCGGCUUCGACGCCGAGAAGCUCAGGAAGAAGGUUGAGAAGGGAUGCCGGAGGAGAGUUGAACUGGUACCUCCCCCGAAGGACAUAGUCACUGAGGUCAAGACCAAGAAGGAGGAACUGAAGAUCAUAACUGUAAGUGUUCCGUUGCAUUGCGGAGAGUGCGCGGACAGGGUCAGAGAGGUUCUACUUGAGCACAAGAGCAUUUACGCGGCUAAGGCUGACCUUGGGAAGAACUUGUGUGUCGUCGAAGGGGUGAUCGAGGAGAUGAAACUCCUUGAAUACAUCUACCAUAGAACGCGCAAAUACGGCUUCAUCGAAAAGUUGGAGAAGAAGGAGAUCGUAGUGGAAGAGAAGGUUGAGGUGAAGAAGAAGGAAGGUGAGAAGAAGAAGGAGGGUGAAAAGGAGGAGGAUGUCAAGGUCAAGGUCAAGGAGGUCGUGGCCCCUUACUUCAUCCCCUGCACGCACCCUCACUUCAUCAACUACUCGCACCCUGAACUCCAUGGUUUCCAGGACACAGUUUUCUUGCAUUGCUCACACUCUAAUCAGUUCUUCAGUAACGAAAACCCGGAAGCAUGCUCUUUGAUGUAGACUAAUUUCAGAUAAAAUUAUAAGAACAUAACUUGGCAUACUUGCAGAAUAAAUCUGCUGAAGUUCAGAAAGGUUUAUAUAUAUACAUCUGUGUGUAUACAGGCAAAGAAUAUGAACUAUAGUUUAAGAGAACAACUCCCAUAUACGAACCUAGGUACAGAAACUAGUUUGAUAU